GUGGGUGCAUUGAAGUGCUAUAAGAUCCGAUUGAAAGCUCCCACUUUAGCUUCCUCUACAGAACCCAUCUUGAACGAUUGCCAUCAUGUCUGCUCCGUCAAACCCAACAACAUUUCCUCUACAGGGUAAGGUUGCCAUUGUCACAGGCGCUUCGCGAGGGAUUGGGGCUGGCUUGGCGUUAGAGCUGGCGCGAAGGGGAGCAAAGGUCACUCUCGUCUACACGUCGCCAAAGAGCGGGAAGCUAGCAGAAGAGGUUGCAUCGAAGAUCGAAUCACUUGGCAAUGGUAGCGCAUCGAGAGUUGUUCAGGCGGACCUCAGACAACUCGAUGCGCCUGAAAAGAUUGUGUCUGCGACUAGGGAAGCGUUCGGUGACAAGAUCGACAUCUUGAUCAACAACGCUGGUGUUUUGAUGAACAGAUCCAUCACGGAAACAACAGCAGAAGACUACGCCGCCAUAUUUGACGUCAAUGUUCGCGCGCCUCUUCUGCUGACUGGGGCGGUUGUUCCACAUCUACGAGCACCAGGUCGCAUCAUAAACAUGUCGUCCAUAGGCGCCCGACUAGGUUUUGGGAACCUAACUCUCUACACCGCAUCCAAGGCAGCCAUAGAAGGCGUGACUCGGAGUCUGGCACAAGAGCUAGGCGCUGCAGGACACACCGUCAACGCGGUUGCGCCUGGCCCCACCGAAUCAGAGAUGCUGGACGAUGUACCAAAGGAUAUCGUAGAGGCCCAGUUGAAGCAGACUGCUGUGGAGAACAGAGUAGGGACUGUGGACGAUAUCGCAAGAAUAGUGGCCUGGCUCUGUGGCGACGACGCGAAAUGGGUUUCGGGUCAGGCGAUAUCCGCAUCUGGUGGUUUCCUGAAGCUUUGAGUGGAUUCUGUCAUUGUUUUAGCAGCAAAGCUUCUCGUUUGAUAUGGAAGCUUCAAGUGGAGCUCGGUCACGGUGUUUGGGUUCCAAGACCGGAGAUGUUUGGACGGGAAUAGAUCGGAUUUAGUAG